GUUGUCAUGACUUGUUUAUUACAGUAAGCUUCUGUUUUGGAACUAAACACCAGGAGGAAAAAAGGGGGCUUGGAAAAGGAAGCGUGGGCGUGUCUUCGUGUGAAACGUACACGGAAGCAGCCAGCACACGCAAAAAUAGAAAUGAGCUGGCUCUGGAGCAGAUAGAAUCAUAAGUGUGUCGAUCAAUGGACGUGAUGGAGGACGUGCGGACGAAAACGGUCCACGAAGGCAAUGGAGCGCGCGCCGAGGACGAGGACUGUUUUGAGGAUGCCUACGACCGCAUUCCUGCGGCCUGUCACAUGGACCUGCAGUCCGCCAUGCAGGAGACUCAAUGUGCCCUCAACCUGGUCCUCAACAACAAAUUCUCAGAAGCUCUGGACCUCCUUAAACCUUGGUGGCGGGACAGCAUGUACCACGCGUUGGGGUACAGCAGCAUCUUGGUGAUGCAGGCUGCCAUGACCUUUGAGCACAGAGACAUCCAGAUUGCCAUGGCAACCAUCAACGAGGCAUUACACACCUGUCAGAGGUUCCGCAAGAAAACCUCCAUGGUGGACUCUCUAUCCAGUCUGAUCAGCAAGCAGUCCCACCUACAGGAAGAGGAGAUGCACGCUGAACUCUGCUACGCCGAGUGCUUGCUGCAGAAAGCCACACUGACGUUUGUGCAGGACGAGAACAUGAUCAGUUUCAUCAAAGGAGGCAUCAAGAUAAGAACCAGCUAUCAAAUUUACAAGGACUGUCUUAAUGUGCUGAACGUCACUCAGGACUUGAGCAGCCAACCAGAUUCACUCAAGCAGUUUGAGGGCGGAGUCAAGCUGGGCAUUGGCUCCUUUAACCUGAUGCUGUCACUCCUGCCGCAGAGGAUCCUGAGGUUACUGGAGUUUAUGGGCUUCUCUGGAAACAGGGACUUUGGAUUGUCCCAACUGAGAGACGGAACGUCCAUCGGCAGUUUGCGCUCCAUUCUGUGUACACUCACCCUGCUCUUCUACCACACCUACGUCUGCCUGGUGCUGGGAAGUGGCGAGGGGAACCUGGUGGAGGCAGAGGCUCUGCUGGAGCCUUACCUACACAAAUAUCCUAAAGGCUCCAUCAUCCAGUUCUACUCGGCUCGGCUGGCCGCGCUGCGAGGGCACCUGGAAAAGGCAUGUGUGGGCUACAGGGAGUGCGUGAGCAGCCAGCAGGAGUGGAAGCAGAUCCACCACCUGUGCUACUGGGAGCUCAUGUGGACACACUCUUACCAGCAGGAGUGGCUUCAGGCGUAUCGCUACGCAGACAUGCUGUGUCGUGAGAGCCGCUGGUCCAAGGCCAUCUACGUGUACCAGAAGGCUGCCAUCCUCAGUAUGAUGUCAGCGGAGGACCUGGAGAAGACUGGCGAGGAUGUGGUGGAGCUUUUCAGGCGGGUGGAGGGGCUCAAGCAGCGCCUGGCAGGGAAAUCCAUCCCUACAGAGAAGUUUGCAGUGAGGAAGUCUCGUCGCUACAAGGCCGCCACACCUGUUCCGCUGGUGCUUCCUGCGCUGGAGAUGAUGUACGUUUGGAACGGCUUCGCCAUCGUGGGAAGGAGAGCAGACUACACAGAGGCGCUGCUGGUUACCAUCGAGAUGGCGGAGGAUCAGCUUGGCCGUGACUCCCAGGUGUCAGAGUUCCACGUGGAUGACAGCUGUCUGGUCCAAAUGCUGAAGGGUCUUUGUCUCAAACAUCUGGACCGACCCCUGCAGGCCGAGCUCUGCUUCACGCAUGUCCUGUCCAGUGAGAGUCGCAUCCGGUACGAUCACUACCUGGUUCCUUUCACACUGUACGAGCUGGGUUUGCUCUACCAGCAACAGGGUGAUGCGACCAAGGCCACCGUCUUUAUGGAAAACGCCAAGAGCAAGUACAAGGACUAUUCCAUGGAGUCCAGGCUGCACUUCAGGAUCCACGCUGCCCUCCACAACCUCAAAGGCUCGCCCGCUGCUGCCACCACCCCAUAAUAGUCACCGCCCACAGUCGCCAAG